AUGAAUGAUGAUAACCGACAUGCAUUUCUUUUAGCUGCUUAUGAUAAUACUUCGCAUUAUUUUCGAUUUCCAUUUGAAAACUUUUCUUCAGCAUCAUCUUCGAAUGAAUUUCGUGUCAUGAUUGAUCAUGAUGGAAAGCAGAAUAUUUUCUCAUCGCAAACAGUAAUUGUUGAUGCUGAACCGAAAGAUGAAGAUGAUGCAACGGAACGAUUGAAACUCAAUCUAACCUUAACCUCACAUGUACCACUGCCAGAUUUAUCAUGGAUAGCGCCUGGUACAAUGGGCCCACUCUCGUGGAUACCUAUACUGCAAUGUUAUCAUCAUGUGCUCAGUAUGAGACAUGAUAUUCAUGGAUCGAUUAAGAUUGGAGACGAUGAACAGAAGAAUGUUUCGGGUGUGGGUUAUACAGAAAAAGAUUGGGGAAGUUCAUUUCCGUCAGCAUGGAUAUGGGGUCAAACGAAUCAAUGGAUGAAUGCAACAUCGGCUAGUCUUUUCUUUUCAUUUGCAUCUGUUCCAUGGUAUUUUGGACUUGAAUUACCCGGAUUUCUUAUUGUUUUCGAAUAUAAUCAUCAAUUCUAUCGAUUUAAUACAUAUCUACUAUCGAUUAUUCAUGAUUUCUCGGUAAAUAAUUCUAAAAAACAUAUUUCAUUUACUGUCUAUGAUAUUCUAUUUCAAUAUAAACUUGUGGUUACUAUCGAUUUAACCAAUGUAAACGAUGCAUUGUUACUCUAUGGCCCCCGGUAUGGUCGAAUGGAAAAGUUUGUUAAAGAAUUUCUUAGCGAUAGUAUCCUUUUUGAUGUUCAACUCUCACAGUUGAUCUAUACAAAUACGAAUGAUCGACUUGUUCAAAAAAGUGAUCUCGAAUCUAUUGUAUUCGAAGCACGCGCUCAACAUGUGGCUUUUGAAAUGAACGGUGAUAUAAAUAAUUUAAUUGGAAAAUGUCAUUUGAUUUACGGUCAUUUAUAUUCAUGGUUGUUUCCGUUCAAUCGAACUGUUAUCAAACAUUUCCAAAUGCUGAUAAUUACGUUAUUGAUGGUCUCAGCAUGUAUAUUUUAUCGAAGAUCGAAAUCAGUAGUAAUCAACUGA